GAUGACGCAAGACGCAUUUCCUUUCCUCUUUCCUGUCAACGCGAAAGAUUAAAAAUGAAGACCAUUCUCAGUAACCAAACAGUUGACAUUCCUGAGAAAGUCGACAUUAUCCUGAAGGGGCGGACGGUUACUGUCAAAGGCCCCAGAGGAACUUUGAAAAGGGACUUCAACCACAUCAACGUGGAACUCUCCCUUUUGGGGAAAAAACGCAAGAAGGUGAGACUGCCUCGGUGUUAUGUCAGGUUUCCAGAUUUCCGAUCAUCUCUUAUAAUUAAUUCGCCAUUUAUUGUGGUUGUGUGGCUAGAAUAUGAGAUUUGGAGAUGCUGACUUGAAAGGUAGUGA